CCGUGGUGUCAUGGCGUUUUACAUGAAUGGGUCUAGGUUUAGCGCAAAAUAACCAGUGUUAAUUGGGCGGCUGUCUGCAGCUCACCAGCAAGAUAAUACAUCAUUCUCAAAGGAACGAAAUCAAGAGACUAAUAUGGGGACUGUCCACGCCAGGAGCCUCGAUCCGCUACCGAUGCAUGGACCCGAACUCGGGAUUCACACCGAUGAAGUAGAAGUCGUGGACGUGGAGCCACAGACAAAACAAGAAAUUCUUGAAAAUAAAGAUGUUGUAGUCCAACAUGUGCAUUUUGAUGGCCUGGGAAGAACUAAAGAGGACAUCUUGGGGUUUGAAAUAGCAGAUGUCUUCAAUGCCAAAAACUUUAUCGAUGUGAUGCAGAAGUCCCAUGAAGCUCGGCAGAAGCUGCUACGCCUGGGUAUCUUCAGGGAAGUGGAGGUUGUCAUCGACACCUCACAAGGCGAGGACGCUCUGCCCAAUGGCCUUGACAUCACAUUUGAGGUGGUGGAGCUGAGGCGGAUGACAGGAAGCUACAACACUAUGGUCGGAAACAACGAAGGGAGCAUGGUGCUGGGCCUCAAGCUGCCCAACUUACUCGGCCGGGCGGAGAAGCUCACCUUCCAGUUCUCCUAUGGCACCAAGGAGACGUCGUACGGUCUCUCCUUCUUCAAGCCUCAGCCUGGACACUUUGAACGCAGCUUUUCACUCAACUUGUACAAAGUCACAGGCCAGUUUCCUUGGAGCUCGCUGAGAGAGACGGACCGUGGCAUCUCCACAGAUUUCAAUUUCCCCAUCUGGAAGACCAAUCACACACUGAAGUGGGAGGGCGUGUGGAGGGAGCUGGGCUGUCUGGCACGCACCACCUCCUUCGCUGUCCGAGAAGAGAGCGGCCACACGCUGAAGUCCUCCCUCUCGCAUGCCAUGGUCAUUGACACCAGGAACUCUGCUAUCCUCCCUAAGAAAGGUGCCUUGCUGAAGAUAAACCAGGAGCUGGCCGGCUACACAGGGGGGGACGCCAGCUUCCUGAAGGAGGACUUCGAGCUUCAGCUGAACAAGCAACUCAUCUUUGAUUCAGUGCUGUCUGCCUCUCUCUGGGGGGGUCUGCUCCUGCCCAUUGGAGAGAAACCCACAAGUAUCGCCGACAGGUUCUAUCUGGGCGGUCCCACCAGCGUGAGGGGGUUCAGCAUGUACAGCAUCGGGCCUCAGAGUGAAGGUCUUACAGGUGACUACCUGGGCGGGGAGGCCUACUGGGCAGGCGGAGUCCACCUCUACACCCCUCUCCCCUUCCGCCCGGUGCAGGGCGGAUUUGGGGACCUUUUCAGGACACACUUCUUCCUUAAUGCAGGCAACCUGUGUAACCUCAACUACGGUGAGGGGCCACGGGCUCACCUGCAGAAGCUGGCGGAGUGCAUCCGCUGGUCCUACGGAGCAGGCAUUGUGCUGCGCCUAGGAAACAUUGCCCGCCUGGAGCUCAACUACUGCAUUCCUAUGGGGGUCCAGAGUGGAGACAGAAUAUGUGAUGGUGUCCAGUUUGGAGCAGGAAUCCGAUUCCUGUGAUGUCAUCAGCCCCCCCGAGGUCCCACAGAAAAGUACUGUGGGAAGCGGAUAAAUUUUUCACACUUUUUUUAUGUUGUACUGAGUGGAACACUCCCAGAGAGGCCCAGAGCACUCUUGGCCCUUAAAGGCCACACACCGUCCAUGUGGUUUUGGCUCAGCGCCACCCCUUCCUGUAACUCUGCCCAAUCACGUACGUUUUCUGUUGAAACAAACCAAUCAGAUGAUGAUGCGGGGACACCAGGACCUCUGCACUUUCCACCCCCUACAGCCAGUCCAGGAUCAGCUCACUGAACCUUUGUCCUUACCCAGGCACUGUCUGAAACUGAUCCAGAAUCAUUCCUAGAGGGCAGCAUCUAUCCCAACCCAGGCGCCCAGCACCAGGACUGCAGCCCCUCUGGGCCAGUAGAGUAGACCCCACAUGUGAUCCACCAUCAGUGCUCUUAUAUGAAGUAAUAUAUGAAUGUUGUUUGAACAGUAAUGCACACUAAUAAAUUCUCUUU